AAAAGUUUUGGUUAACCAAGCAUGAUAAUGAUGGGUGAAGUCGGUUGCCUUGAUGCAUUGACCUUUAUGCCUGGUUCUUCGAUCUUGCUUUGCAAAUUGAAAUCUUCUCAUAAACAAACAGUGAAACAAUCGAAGUUAUUUAGUUCCCUUGAAUACUGAGGGAGGUUUCUGCUAGUCUCUUUGGUAUCCCUGAAGACCAGAAGAUAAGUCAGAUAAAAAUGGUGGAAAUGAGUGCAGAAUUCAUGAGAAUAUCAGGGUACAAUUCCUGUCUCCGCAACUUCCAUUGCUCUCCAGGGCCUCUGCUUCUGUUUUCUAAUCGAUUCAUCACCGUCAGAGGUAGUGUUCAUCAUCAAUUCUCUGCCUCUGAAUUGUUCGGAGAUAUUCGUCUCAGUUCGAAGCAAUCCAGCCCCCCAUCUAUGCAGGAACAAAAGAGGAAGAAACUCUCUGUUGUUGCUAUGUCUACUAGUAAUGAGGAAGACAGGGAAGCACAUAGUAUCUGGGGUCAUAGAAGCAUGCCAAAGUCUGAGAGUGGCAGACAACAUUUAAUGGUGGGUAUCGAUACUCUGAAGUGUUCUUUGGCAGUGCACUUUUGGAUCGCUCUGCCCAAAUCGAAGGAGCUUUAUUGAGUGUUAAGGAACAAUGGCAUGCCCAAUCUGAUUGGACCAGCGUUCUGGCCCCAAAGUUAAGCCUGUGGUGUGCCUGGAAGAUGGUAAAAGAAGGCGAAAAUGUGUCUCCUUUUUUCGUAUCUGAAACUGCUGUCGCAAUGCAAUUUGAACCGUUCAUGUCUGAAGUCUGAGCAUUUCUGUUUUAUCUUUUAGGUUCGAAGUCAACAAUGA